CCAUAGCUAAUCGCUGAAUUACCUUGGCAGGAUUUGCUUUUCCCAUCUUGUAUUCUGCUCUUCUUUUUCUAAUUGCCGCCUCUACUCGUUCGAAUCUCUCGCACAAUCUUAUGGUCUUCCCAUUGAUGUCUCCUGUGUUUCCAUAAGCUCUGCUGUUUCGACGAAUCCUCGCCCGGUCGUCGCGCUUUCGUGCCCAGGGCUCAGAAAUCCGUAGAGCGUAGCCACCACCAUGUCUCCGGACGAGGAGCGCGAUGGCUAUUCCCGCACUGGUUUGCGAGCGGUCCUACCGCUGACCGCCGAAGAAAGCGCCAUCUCUACUCGUGGGCAGGCCCUUCCUUCUCUCAUCCACACGCUCUCGUCAACUCCGCGACGAGCAAACUCAUGGCGCUACCUGACCGACUUGGCCCGGACCGAUACUGCCCACGAAAGCUCCAGGAAGGGAAGACGGUUGAGCGAGAGCUCUAAUGAGGAUGACGAGGGCCUUUUGAUGCCCCGGCGACCCCAAGCCGACCGACGACAAAGCGUUCAUGCUGCUAUGACGUUGAUGACGCCGGAGAUGCGAAGUCAGAGGUUGAUCGGUAAUUCAAACCCAAGAUACCGGUGGGAGCAGUACUUCAAGACUGAGGAGGAGCUCAAAAAAAUGAAGAAACCUAUACGCAAGUACUACGAACGCAAUAAUUCGCUCAUUCAGCAAUAUCUUUACAUAGACAAACUUCUCGACUCCUCGCUACCUCACACUCUUAUCCAAGAAUACAACCAAGCCGCCUCUGCUUACAAUUCGGCGAAUCGCUCAAUAGAUAUUCCAAAAACGAUAACCGAAGAGGCGCGAAGCCCCUCCAACGAAGGCACUCCAACAGCGGCGAAAAGCUACGGAAGUCUAGCCAACGGCGAUACGACGCCCACAUCUGGCGAGCCGAAGAAGAUCAAACGAACGCCGCGAAAUCUAUACCGUGUACCCGACGCUGAUGAGACCACCCCACUUGUUCGCAACGAGGGAGAGGAAAACGAGACGGGAAACCCUGGGCCAGUCAUGCCGGAGUGGGUGCCCGAGGAAGAACCAGACCACGAUCAUCCCGUUGUCCGCUUCGCCAUCUACCUGAACCUAUUCGCAAACACCAUCCUCCUCAUCCUCAAGAUCAUCGUCACCGUGCUUACAUCUUCCGUCUCUGUCCUCGCAUCCAUGGUCGAUGCGGCGCUGGACUUCCUCAGCACGGCCAUUGUCUGGACAACAACGCGCUUGAUCUCAAACAGUGACCAGUACCAAUAUCCUGUUGGAAGGCGGCGUCUGGAGCCUAUCGGCGUGUUGGUGUUCUCCGUCAUCAUGAUCACGGCCUUCUUCCAGGUCGCGCUCGAAGGUUUCAACAAGUUAACGAGCCCAGACCACGCCCUGGUACGGCUCACCGUGCCAGCCAUCUCCAUCAUGGCUGCCACUGUCGUCGUCAAAUUUUUAUGCUGGCUGUACUGCCGGCUCAUUAACAAUUCGAGCGUGCAGGCUCUCGCUCAGGACGCCAUGACAGAUGUCAUCUUCAACAUCUUCUCGAUCAUCUUCCCGCUCAUCGGCUACUUCGCCAAGAUAUGGUGGCUCGACCCCCUCGGUGGUAUUCUCCUUGCUGUCUACGUAAUCGUCACAUGGUCUAGGACUACUACCCAGCACAUCCGCAACCUGACCGGCGCAGCUGCCAGCGCGGACCAACGAAACGUGCUACUCUAUUUGACAAUGAGGUUUGCGAAAACUAUCAAGCAAAUUCAGGGUCUGCAAGCGUAUCACGCGGGGGACAAGUUGAUUGUGGAGGUAGACCUUGUGCUUGAUGAAGGAACCACGCUGCGGGACAGUCAUGACCUUGGCGAAAGCUUGCAGUACGUGCUUGAGAGUGUACCAUACGUAGACAGAGCUUUUGUACAUCUAGACUACGCUAGUUGGAACUUGCCCAGCCACAUGCAGCAGCAGGAGUAGAAGAAAACACUAGAGAACGUACCCCUUAGUCUUGAACUCGUUGACGAAUCCGUACCCGCCCUCCGUCGCUUGCAAUUGUGAACGUGUAGCUUCGUCAGGUUCGGAGUCAGAGUCAACGAUACGGAUGUACAAAUUGUCUUAAGCUGCUCGCCCAUACCGUCGCAACGCGCGGAAUCGAUGCUCGUAACGAUGCAGGUCGCUCGAACGCCCACCGCUGCCGAACCCACCUUUCUUUUUGGCCGUACAGAACAUUCUUCUCUUUCCGUGUGCUUCCACGGUAUCUUGGGUUGCUUGAGCCCUUGGCAAUGGUGCCUUCCGCCCAGUGGCGCUAAACAAAAAGGACUUAUUUGGGGGGGG